CUGACAAUGAGUUUUCUUGGAAGCUUUUUUGAUCCCAUUUGUGAGAUUGAUGCUGUCCUUGAUGUGGGAGCAAGGAAAAUGGCAGAGAUGAAGACUGAAGAUGGCAAAGUGGAAAAACACUGUCUCUUCUAUGAUGGAGCGUCUGUUUCGGAAAAGGUAAACCAAGCCUUUCUGCAACCUGGAAGGAGGCUAGAGCACCAAGGAAUUAGAAGUGAAUUCGUAGGUCAAAUUGAACUUUUCAAUGACAAGAGUCAUACUCAUGAAUUUGUAAACCCAGUGAAAGAACUAGCUUUACCUGGAGAGCUGACUCAGAGUACAAGUUCUGAUUUUGAAUUUAUGCAAGUUGAAGAGCCAUGUGAAUCUUACAUUGGUGCCAGUGUUCACUUGAGGUAUUUUCUUAAGGUGACAACAGUGAGAAGACUGACGGACAUGGUGAAAGAGUAUGAUCUUACUGUUCACCAACUUGCCACCUAUCCUGUUGUUAACAACUCUAUUAAAAUGGAAGUGGGCACUGAAGAUUGUCUACAUAUAGAGUUUGAAUAUAAUAAAUCACAGUAUCAUUUAAAGGAUGUGAUUGUUGGAAAACUUUACUUCUUAUUAGUAAGAAUAAAAAUACAACACAUGGAGUUACAACUGAUCACAAAAGAGAUCACAGGAAUUGGACUCAGUACUACAACGGAAACAGAAACUAUCGCCAAAAAUGAAAUAAUGGAUAGUGCACAGGUAAAAGGUGAAUCCAUUCCAAUAAGAGUAUUUUUAGCAGGAUAUGACCCAACACCAACAAUGAGAGAUGUGAACAAAAAAUUUUCAGUAAGGUACUUUUUGAAUCUAGUGCUUGUUUAUGAGGAAGACAGAAGGUACUUCAAGCAGCAGGAAAUCAUCUUACAGAGAAAAGCUCCUGAAAAACUGAGGAAACAGAGAAUGAACUUUCACCAGCGAUUUGAAUCUCCAGACUCACAGGCAUCUGCUAAACAGCCUGAAAUGUGA